GCACACACUGGUUGGCAGUUGGUGCGAAAGAGCACACACUAUGCACAACAGCUGCCGAACGAAAGAGCUGCCAAGACAAACACGCGCUAGCCGAAAGAAACAUUAGUUUCAGCAGAAAAUUCAGAACAGAAGCGAAUUAAAUACAAAAAAAAAAAAAAUAAAAUAAAUUAAAAUCCAUGUAAAAAUGUCUACAUCAGGACGUAAACGCAAACAGCAGCUAAAACCGCGUCAGGAUGUGCAUCGUUCGCCGGUAAAGCGUCAAAGUUUGGAUGUUAAAACGGAACCGCUGCUGGCCAGCAGCUAUCCCCUGGCCGACUACGAUUGCGUGGAUAUAAAACCCGAUCUGACCGAACUCCAGCUGCAGCUGGCGGUGGCAACGCAAAAGGAUGUGACAAUAGCAGCGACAACGCCGGUCGAGGAUACAAAACCAGAGUUGGAACAGCAAAGCGAUUCGGAUGAGGAUGGCUAUUCGGAAAUUAAUUUUUCUGCAGCGAACGAUGUGUAUUGUGAGGAUGAAGUGGAUGACUAUGAUCCGGAGUGGACAGCGCAACAGACAACACCCCGGCUGAUAUUUAAAUUCAAUACACCUCCAGGACAAACGGGUCUGAAAGCGCUGCGCAAAUUGAUCUGCCCUUUGUAUUACUUUAAUCAGUUGCUGGGCAAUCGUGGUGACUUUUUCGGACAGCUUGCACGUGGCUGCAACGGACGAAAUGGAUUGCUAAAAGCCAGCUCCGAGGAGCUGGAAACAUUUGUGGGCCUGUGCCUGCUGUUGUGUGACAUGAAGCUGCCUCAGCUGAGCGACUAUUGGUGCGAGCACACAUUUCAAGGAUUUUCGGGAUUUGCGGCGAAAAUGUCGCAACAGCGUUUUAUUGACCUGCUGCACGCGCUCAACUUUGAUGAGCUGCCAGGAGCAGGUGCAAAUGCCUGCAAAGCCGCAGGCAAUGCAGGCAAAUUGUUGAACUUUUACAAUGCGCGCAUGUCGGAGCUGUACACGUGCGGGCAGCAGCUGGUGCUCAAUGAGCCCAUCGUUCAGUGGAAGGGUAAAUUUAGCUACUACAACGAGCUGCCAGCGAAGCAACGCAGCAACGCGCUUAUGCUGCACUUGCUCAGCGAGCACAGUGGACUGAUCAUACGCAUGCUGCCCGAGUUAGUGGAGCAGCAUCAGCAGGUGGCACGCAACUCCAGGCAGUUGGUGGCACAGCGCUGCAAGCUGGCGCUGCAGCUGCUACAGACACACGAGCAGCGCGGACACAGCGUCUACGUGUGCAAAUAUUAUGGCAGCUAUGGGCUGGCGCAUGAGCUGGCCAAGUUGGGCACCUAUUGCAGCGGGCUGCUGGACAGAAACCGCUAUGGCAACAGCAAGGCCCUGGUCUAUCAACAGUUGUCAGCGAACAGCAUAGCGACCAGAUAUGCCACGCCUCUGAUGAUGGCCAAGUGGAGGCGGCGCGAGAAGUGCGUGUAUUUCUAUAGCUCCGACUGCUUGGCUAUCUAUGCUAAGGAAAUGUCCAUGCAGAAGAUAAAUGCACGACCGAAGCUCAUUCAGGAGCUGGACUUUCAGCUGCGUCCCGCGCAGUCUACCCGCCAGCAGCUGAUCACCUGCCAGCCUAGCUGUGCGGGUUUGCAGCGGCAGCAACAGUUAGCCAUCUUUCUGCUCAAUUUGCUGGUCUUUAAUGCCCAUGUGCUCUAUGUGAGCAGUGCGCAGCCUACGCGGGGCUACACCGGUGCCAACGAUGCCACCAAAUUGAAGACAUACGCGGAGUUUCGCGUGGCCAUCAUUAAGUCGCUUCUAAAGGAGGAUAACGCGACUGCAGCUGCUGCGCCAGCAACGGAGACAUCACCAGCUGCACCAGUUAACAACAAGCGAGCAGAACAACACGCCAAGCGUACCACAGCCCAUCGAGCUGCCCCCCAGGCUGAAGUUGCGGAACUCAAACAUGAACUGGUGCUCAUUCAGAAAAAUGGCAAACCGACGCGCAAGAAUUGUCGCCAUUGCCACAAGGGCGGCAUGUUGCAGUUUACCAAAUACAUGUGCAACCUCUGCCCGGAUACGCCGGGUCUCUGCCUAAAUCCAUGCUUUCGCCUGUGGCACGAGCUGCUGCAGCAGCAGAGCACGACAAACUCAAAAUAAAUAUAUAAAUCGAAAUGAAAAAUAAAACUAACUAAUUGAUUCUAUUAAAUUAUAUACGAUACGAUAAACAAGUGUGUCAGAAGGAUCUCGAACAUAACAGCUCAGGUGCGAUUUAGCUUGAUUAGCAUAGCAGGAUAGAUAAGCAGAGGUGGCUAUCUGCGAAACAAUUUGUGUGUAGUACAUAUAUCUGUCUUACAGGUUCCCAAUUCAUAUGUGAUCCAUGAGAUCUUUAAAUAUAUAUAAGUUUAAAGUUGGCCCAAAGAAAAAGAAAACCUUCAAGCAACAGCCUUACAAA